AUCGGGACCAACCUAUUAUCUGGGUGGAUUAGAAUAUUGGGGCUCAAACGUAAGCAACCCAUGGGUAAUCAAAUGUCCCCACGCGAAGGGCGCGUCGCGCUUUGAAACCCACAGUCUCCACGUUACCGGCGUUUACGAGUCAUGCGAUCUCAUUCAUCAUCUUUAACUCUACACCAUUUCUGUUAUUCGGGACUCACUCCAUCCCCUAAACGACGCACCAGCCUCCCCGUUUCAUCUCCUCGGUUCUGCGUUCCCGUUACGUCGAGUUUCUACUCUCCUCUCAAGUUACAGAUCAAGCGAUCCAAAAAUGUACAGGACCGAAGGCGGCGAUCCGGAAACGAUGUCGUUAGAGUCAACGCCACCGAUGAUGUAAGUAAUGACACUUUUUUCAAUGUGGUUUCUGAAAUGAUUUUUUUUAUUAUUUUGGUUAUUGUUUUAGGACUCGGUGGGAAUUUCUUCGUUUGAUGACUGGACCAUUGAAGAGGAUUCGUUGGCAGCUUAUGUGCAUUCGUCAGAUAGCGAUGGGGAUUUGGUAUUAAAUUCUUUGUCUGAUGAGGAUUUGCCACUUGAAGAAGCUCUAGCCAAGGCUUCCCGUCGGAUUGCUUUGCGUGGAAAAGGCCUAAAAAGACACAAGCAAGCUCUUUUUUUAUGAGUUUUCUGAUACAUAAACGGUCUAAUUUUUCCCCCAGCUCCCUGUAUUCUUCUGACUUUUGAAUUUUAGUCCUACUGCUUUUAAUUUCAUGAAUUUACUCCUUCUACUUGUCUGGUUUAAAAAUUAAAGUGUUAUUGAAUUGAUUAUGUGUUAAUAGUGUUAUGAUUUGGACUUUAAUUUUUAAACAGGACUAAAUUUCAAAAGUUUGAAGACUACAGGGACUGAAAACAUAAUUAAACUUACAUGAAUUUAUACCCUUUUCAAGGCUUUCGUUGACGGAUUGCUAAAUUAAUUGCAGGAUAUACCCUGGGAUGAUAAUGAACUUGGCUCUUAUAAUCUUCCUGACAAUGGUUCUUUUACUUGUGGAUUGGUGUGGAUGGAAAAUUGUUAGGCUACCUUUAGCGCCAUUCUACUUGACUUCCCCGUUUUUGAUAUCUUUAAUCUUAGCUUUGUGUGCUGGUUAUGUUGGUAUCCCAUUGCUUAGAAUUUUUAAGUUUUAUCAAAUAGUUAAGAAAAUAGGGCCAGAAAAAUAUUUGACAAAGAAGAGGACCCCAACGAUGGGUGGACUUUUUUUUAUACCAGUUGGUAUAGCUGUUGCGAGAUUUGCAACUGGUUUUUCUUCUGCUGAAGUUGGUGCUACUGCAGCAGCAACCUUGGCAUUUGCUACAAUUGGACUACUUGAUGACGCCUUAGGUUCCACCAAGCAAAAGAGCAAUGGUAUAGAUCCAUGGUUAAGGCUACUUUUGGAGGCAGCUGUUGGGAUUUGGUUUUCAUUUUGGUUGGAUUCUACACGUUUAUCGUCACCCUAUGGCAUGAAAAUGCUGGUUCCUCUACCUGCACCGUUGGGCCUGCUGUGCUUGGGAAAAUUUUACCUAUUGUUAACUCCACUUUGUUUUGUUUCCAUGGGAAAGGGGGUUAACAUAACAGAUGGUCUUGAUGGUCUUGUUGCUGGGACUGCUUCAUUAGCUUUUAUUGGAAUGUCAAUUGCGGUGCUUCCAAUAUGCCCAGAACUUAGUGUAUUUGGGACAGCCAUGGCUGGGGCCUGCAUUGGUUUUCUUUUCCACAACCAGUACAAAGCAGGUGUAAUUAUGGGUGAUACUGGAUCCUCGGCCCUCGGUGGCGCAUUAGCUGCAAUGGCCGCUUGUACUGGAAUGUUCUUUCCCUUAUUCAUUGCAUCUGGUUUGUUUGUUUUGGAAGCAUCAUUAGUUGUUAUGCAGGUGGUAUACUUUAAAGCAACAAAACAGUAUCAUGGAAGCGGGCGUCGGUUGUUUAAAAUGGCGCCUUUGCAUCAUCAUCUAGAACUAUGUGGACUCCAAGAGCCAAUGAUUGUUGCUGGUGCAUAUGCUGUUUCCUCUGUGUUGGCUUUAUGUGCUGCUUACAUUGGCCUUAAAUCUGCAUAAUAGCUUUACAUCAUUUUCACCCCAUCUUCAAAUUUUGUUCCCCUUAGUCAUAUUAGUCAUAAAAAGGUGUUCUUUUCUUCCUCUCAAUAUUUCUGAAUCUUUUAUUCAAAAUUUCCAAUUUUAUGUUAACCCUAAAUACAAAAGGCUAAAAAACAUGACAAUCUUUCCUUGCCCUUUAUUCUGUUUAUUUUCCUUUUUUUUUUUCAAUGCCAAUCGUAAGAAAUAUUGACUUAA